AUGGCCACUCUCAAACUCUUCUUGCAAAUCACAAUUUUUCUUGCUUUAUUUUCAGCUUUAAUCCAAGCCGAUGAAAAACCAUCAAGAAAGCUAGAUGAAAAUCCACCUAAUUUAGAAAACAAGUGUGGAGAUUGCCCUUGCGACCACCCUUGUAACCCGCCGCCGUCUCCCAAGUAUCCGCCGCCGUCUCCGCCGCCACCGUCACCUCCACCACCAUCUCCGCCGCCGUCUCCCAAGUAUCCGCCGCCGAGCGACAACUGUCCACCACCGCCCGCCGACGUGCCGAGUGACCAGAAACCGCCCAAGGGCCCGAACCCUCCCUAUAUAUACAUAAAUGGCCCGCCGGGAACUGUUUAUCCGGUUUAUCCGUAUUAUUCCGGCAGCCGCCGCAGCUUUUUGGUUGGGAAAAUUCCGUUCUUGAUCAGCUGUAUAUUGUGGGGGGCAGCUUUUUGA